GAUAUUUUUAAGGUCCUUUUGGAUAAAGGGACCGACGCCACAGCGACAGACAGCGGCCAAAGCGAAUUCCUACAUCUUGCGGCUGGACGAGGAAAUCAAGAAGUCACACAACUACUCUUGGAUAUGCAUAUCGAUAGCUCUAUGGAAAAUCGUCUGGACAAUACUGCUCUCAAACUUGCAUUUCAAGGGGGUCAUCAGAAUACUACCAAAUUGAUCCUAGCAUCCACUUCGAACAGAAGAGAUUCCUUAGGACAGACGUCACUACACUGUAUGGCGCGGAAUAAGCAUGAGGGGGCUCUGUUUUCAAUGGCAGUCGAGCAGUGUCCUGAGUUGAUUAACAUUACUGAUAAGGGCGGCCGAACUGCUUUGCACUCUGCUGUUACAGCAGGAAAUGUGACCACCGCUCGGUUGCUGCUCGAAAAUGGCGCAGAGUGUCACAUCCAAGAUUACGGAGGGCGUACGCCAUUAGAUGAUGCCUUGGGACAAAGGACCUUGAUGGAAGCAGGUUCCCAGAGUCUUGUUGAUUUGGACAACGUAAUUCAAUUGCUACGUGAUACUUGGGCUGAUUAUCAGACCGACGGUGAUUCAGUUCGGAAGUCGCUCUGGUCGUGGUUUGGAUGGUAGAGGACAUGUGGUAUCACAAUGUGUGGAUGAUAGCGUUGUCUCAUAA